AUGCUCGAGAAGGAUAUCGGUGGAUCAUUCGUUGCCGGGUUUUCCCAAUCAAACGUUGGUGAUACAUCGCCCAACACCGAGGGACCCAUAUGCCAGGAUACGGGACUUCCUUGUAAAUACGAGGAUUCGACCUGUGGGGGCAAGACUCAACAAUGUAUGGGCAGAGGCCCCGCCUUCCGAAUCUCGGACACCGAAUCCUGUCGUAUAAUUGGCGAGAAGCAGUACCUGGGCGCAAAGGCAAUUUACCAUGGUACAGGUAAAGCACCAGUGGCGGGAGAUGGUGGUGCUGUGAGAAGCUUUCAUACUUUUGUCGACUUUUCAAACUACACUUUUCAACUAUCAAACAGCACAACUAAGAGAACCUGUAAGGCAGCUCUGGGAUUCAGUUUUGCUGCCGGAACAACCGAUGGGCCGGGAGCCUUUGACUUUACUCAAAACGACCCGAAUGCGCCAAGUAAUCCAUUCUGGUUAUUAGUCAGAAAUUUUUUAAGGAAGCCAAGCAAGGACCAAGUCGAGUGUCAUCAACCCAAACCUAUACUCUUGGACGUUGGGGAGAUGGACAAACCUUACCCAUGGGCUCCUAACAUCGUCGAUGUGCAAAUGUUCCGCGUUGGGCAGCUCGCCAUUAUCAUUUCGCCUGGUGAAGCAACGACCAUGUCCGGACGUCGAUGGAAGAAGGCCGUGGCAGAGGAAUUGAACAACACGGGAAUUAUUAGCAGUGGUGAUAGCUGGAUAGUCCUUGGCGGGCCAGCAAACAGUUAUACACAUUAUAUUGCGACUCCCGAAGAAUACGCCAUCCAAAGAUAUGAAGGGGCUAGUACCCUUUACGGACAGUUCACGCUGGGUGCAUAUAUUUCGCUUUAUAAGAAAUAUAUCCCUUAUCUCGGCGCAACCCCACCAUCCACCCCCGUACCCCCGGGGCCCUCACCACCGAUAAACACCAACACCUCAAUCUCGCUUAUCAAAGGGGUUGUCCACGAUAACCCGCGCCUUGGGAAAAAUUUUGGUGAUGUUCUUACGGAUGUUGCCUCAACUCCGUAUUCGAGUGGGAGUCUGGUAAAGGUAGUUUUUGUGGGAGCGAAUCCCCGAAACAACCUUAGGCUCGGUGGUACAUACGCGGCAGUUGAAAGGAACAAUGGCGGUACGUGGAGCAGAGUCAGGGACGAUACCGACUGGGAUUUGGUUUACCAGUGGGAGAGGACAGAAGGAUUCAGUGGCCAGAGCGAGGUCACAAUUAGUUGGACUAUUGAGCGGGGAACCCCAGCUGGGCGGUACAGGAUCAAGUAUUAUGGAGAUUCAAAGCGUCCCUUUACCGGGAAGAUUACUGCAUUUGAGGGAACCUCUAGAACCUUCAACAUAGGCCCCAGGCGAACAACGUAUAGCAUUGCCUAA